GCAGUGUCCUGAUGGUGUGAUCAGUCUUUGAUACAAUAAACAAAUUGUGGCUGCUGAUGAUAAAUUAUUAGGAAGGCCUAUUAAACAUCCUGGUAGACAUUUGUAAAAAGAUAAAAAAUGUAGUGUAAGUGUUAAUCAUUUCAGCGUUGCCUUUUUCUUCAGAGUUGCCUUUAAUAUAAAGUCAGUUACCAAUUGCCACCUCGUGACCAUGCCUUUUUAGCCCCAGCCCCUAGGUGGUCUAGGCUUCAUUCAUGUUCACAAGCACUAUAGAGUGAGAUUUGUUAGGAUCUUUUUGUGCAUUCAGAGCAUGGUCAAUAGCAAUGUUUUUGCAAACAAGACAUACAAAAUUGUGCUUGCUUGGAAUAAGCAAGUUAUGUGUAAACGAAAAUUAUUACGUCAUGACUGACUUACAAUAAUUUAAUUAUUUAUUAUAACAAGCACACUAUUUGUGUUACUUUUUUAACCAAAAAUAAUUAAUCUUCUAUUUAUUUAUAUAAAUAAAUAACUUGACACAGUGCUAAUAAAUUGAUUUACAAUUUUGGUACACUGUGUACAUUACUAUUGUUUGAUAAUGUAAUGCACAGUUUAACACUUGCAUGCUAAAUGUAUUAAAAAAUAUUUGUAUGGGAUGCGAUAUAUCUUGAUUGAGAUUUAACUUUGUAGUAGUAGCAUCUGGAGGCCAGGAAAAAAUAAUUCAAAAUCUCAACCAUUAUGGGCGUUUUUGGUAUGGUUUUGACAAUUAAGAAAAAAAUUACUGUAAAACAAAAAUGAACAUGCAGUAGGUGUUAACAUUAAAGAACAGCUGUUUGAAAAGGGGCGGUUUGGCGCAGCAGGAACGGUUUGGUUUCCCAACCCUCGAAGUCUGGGUUUCAAUUCGCUUGUGUCUUUUAAGCAAGGCUCACUUUAUCUUCAUUGCUUCUAUCCAUCCAGAAAUAUAAUGGGUACCUGGUGGGGUUGCCUGCUACUGCGCCAAUAUGCCAGCAAUACUAAGGCGCGUGGACACUUGCAGUGCCUCGUAACUGAAAGGAAAAGCGUUACACAAGCAACAGGUAACAGGAUAAAGGGAAACACGUCACUUUCAAAUUCUUGAUGGUGUCUAGGAAAAUAUAUGGAUAGGCCUACACAUUGCGUCACACCGCUGAUCAAUAGACUAACAUGCCUGACUAGGAAUGUUCAUCUUUCGUGAAAGCCCACCAUAUGUAUUAUCAUAUUGGAUAGCGUAAUUUAAACAUUAUGCAGGCAGUUGCAAUUCCUAUAUCACCUUAACGUGAUGCCUCUUUGGAGACUUCGUCAAUUACCGAUCCAGAUCCAGAUCUUAUAAUUCAUGUUGGCCCUAGCUGAACAGUGUCAAUAAAACACUUGCUCAGGCAGCAAGUAUGAUGGCGAAUGGGGACUCGAAGAAUACAGGGACAGAAGGCCCGUCAGAAAUUCCGUUAUGUGUGGAAUCAGAAUCAAAGUGUUUCAAUAAAUUUGUAUCAGCAAAGUUUUUUACAUUUUGCUUAUGCUUAGUAAUAUUUGCGGAUUCUUACGCGGCUGGAACCAUAGGCAGUAUGUUGACGACAUUAGAACAACGCUAUGAACUGAUGGCCUCGGACUUAGGUUGGAUAGUUAGUUCGUAUAACAUUGGAACACUAUCGGUUAUUCUGUUUGUAGUUCACGUUGGUAGCCGUCAGUCAAGUAAUCGACCGAAAUGGAUCGGGGUCGGAGUUAUAACAAUGGCAUUCGGAGUGUUUGUAAUGUGUCUUCCCCAGUUUAUUAAUCAACCUUACUCCAGUAAUAUUAAUAGCAAUAUAACAAAUAACCAAUACCUUUGUGAUGCUCACUUCGAGACAUCAUGUCCAGUUGAUGGUGUCCAGCGAUCUGCCGAUAAAAGAUUAGCGUUCUAUCUACUUGUGACAGGCAUGCUUAUAAAUGGAAUAGGCAUAGCACCAGUGAUGCCCCUCGGAUUUUCGUACAUAGACGACAGCGUGCCGAAGGCAACUUCAGGUUUAUAUAUCGGAAUAGUACAAAGUAUUUACGGUUUCGGAACAAUACUCAGUUUUCUGCUGGGAGCAGUGUUUAUUCUCUUAUGGGUUGAUUUUUACCGGGUGGAGACAACGGACAUUGACAUCAAUUCGAAUCAUCCAUCGUGGGUUGGAGCUUGGUGGAUAGGUCUACUGGUGUCCGGUCUAUUGUAUCUCUUCGGGUCUUUUCCACUGUUUGGAUUUCCAAAAAAAAUAGAGUGUCAUAAACCAGAAGAGAACGGUAGAGUUGAGUACGAAGCAGAAGACGACAUUGGAGUGGCAGUCUUAACAGGACAUAGCAUUAAAGAUCUUGUGCAAUCGAUGAAACGUCUAUUAACAAAUCCACCGUUUAUUACACUGAUGGCCGGUAUUACUGUUGAAUAUGGAAUGUUUUUCGGUGAGGCUACAUUUUUUCCGAAGUACUUUGAAACUCAAUUUGGAUUAUCACCAACCAAUGCAAAUAUAUUAACAGGUCUGAUCCCAGUCCCAGCUAUUGGAGUAGGCUGUAUCCUAGGCGGAAUCUUGUUUAAGCGUUUGAACCUCAACCUUACCGGGUCUGCCUUACUUACAGCCACACUCAGCGGAAUAACACUUGUAGGACACAUUAUCUUAUAUAAUAUCGGCUGCACUAGCCCCCAUAUAACUACGGAUAUAGACACAAAUGAAACUAUUUGUGAAGUGUGUGAUUGCAGCGAUUCACAAUAUGCGCCUGUAUGUGGAGCAGACAACAUCACUUACUUUUCACCAUGUAUCGCUGGAUGCAAAGACUAUGAUAGUCAGGCGUCAACGUAUAUCGAUUGUUCGUGCUUGAGUGGCAACCUGAGCCAGUGGACAGCAGUAAAGGGAAUAUGCGAAGGGACACAUCAAUGCAACUAUCUUGUUCCAUUUCUAGUGUGUUUGUUUAUUGUGAUUUGUGUUGCCGGUAUGGAGGUAGCCCCACAAACUAUUCUAGCAAUGAGAUCUGUAGAUAAGCAAGAUAAAGCGAUGUCCUUGGGUUUCAAACACGUAGGCACGAGACUGUUCGGCAUGAUCCCGGCUCCUAUUUUCUACGGUGCUGUCAUCGAUAUGACAUGUAACAUCUUCAACUCGAAUUGCGAUCAGAUAGGUGUAUGUGUACUUUACGACAAUCGUUCAUUUCGGCACGCCUACUUCGGCGUAUGCAUUGCUCUUAAUUCAUUAUCAUUCACCUUAUUUCUCGUGACAUGGUUGUUAGUGCGUCGUACGCCAGAAGUAACACGUCAUCGCGUAGAUGGUUACACGCAACCGUCACAGAAUGGCCGUGAGAUGUUGGAACUUGAAAACGUUGAACAACCAGGUUGUUCCAAUUGAUUAAACGCAAUAGAAAAUUUAUAAGUAAGCGCAAACGUAGUUUAAGUUUUUGUAGAGUGUCCAAGUCCUAGGCGCAUAUAUAUAUAUAUAAUAUAUUGUAUAAAAAUGUAAACUAUAUAUAAAUAUUAAUGUUUUGUAAAUUUGUCUAUUCAUACGUUGUCAGGAGAAAUCAUGAUGUACAGAAAUAGAAGUAUUAUAUUAUUAUAUAUAAAACAGCAUAUAUAUUAUAUAGAUAUAGUUUUUUCCUGGUAAUGCGGGUGUAUCAAUAAUAGUAAUAACACUUAGGAAUGAGCAAUGUCUGAAUACUUUUCACUAUUGUUGUCGCUGCUGCUACUACCGGAACUACUACUACUGCUGCUGCUGCUGCUGCUGCUGCCGCUGCCGCUACCGCUACCACUACCACUACCUCUACCACUAGUACCACUACCACCACCACCAACUGCUACUACUCUGCUGCUGGUUUUACUGCUUUUGUUAUUACUAUUAGGCUAAUAUUAAGCAACUGUAUUAUAAUUACACUGAAAUAAUGUCUAGGGCUACCGGUCUGAAAAAAUGUAACAACAUAGAUCAUCAAGUUUCGAUCACACGAAGUGAAUAUCUUUCCAUAUUUCCGAUUAUCUGAGGGAAAGAUAAUAGACACACAAUGGCACACUCGGUUUUCGGUUUCUUAAUGAGUUACAGGAAAAGUUCGCUUUACCUACCCCUGACGACCAAAAUAUGCUGUAUUGUAUUCAUUUAUUUAUUCGGCUUUAGUCACUAUGGCUAAGAUAUGUUAAACAUUGGAUUUUAUCACUCUUCAAAGUGGCAAUCAUGUCAGUCACGUGACAAACAUACACACAAGAUGCUUUAUAGCCUAAAGUGAACAAAAAUAUUUUCCCUCGAAAGUGGAGGGAAAUACAAUAUAUUUCCCCGUACCAAUUAACACUACUAAUGUUUCAUAUCAUUUUAAUUGUUUCUAAAUAUUUUUAUGUUAUGAAUGACAGAUAUGCAACUUCUAUCAAACGCAAUGCUAAUUGUCUAAGUCCAUGAAACAUGCUUAGAAAAUCAUAACACAUUACAACCUAUCUUCUUUUACUGGUCAUAUUGUUCUUUUUAAUGAAACUAAUCGCAACGUUUUUUUAAAUGUUCCUGUUUGACAUGACUGAUAAACCUAUACGUCAAAACUUUGAGUAAAAAUAUUUUUUUUAUUUAUUAAUAUUAAUAGUUAACUAGUAGCAGCAGUUGUAGUAGCAGUAGCAAUAACAGCAACAGCUGUAGCAGCAGUACCGUGUUAGGUCGAAUAUAAGUGCAGCAGGCCUAUAACUAUAACAAUCACAGUUUGUACUAUAUUCUUCUCCGCUCCAAUAUAUAGUACAGUAUACUGCUGUUUAACACGGUAGUUAUAAUUGCUAACGAAAUUACUGAUAUAGGUCUAAUCCAAGUAGACCUAAUUGAUAUUGCCCUUGUACACUGUAGUGUUUAUGGAGUUCAAACCUUUAUGCAAAUUUGGUGAUGAAUAGUGCAAAUCUUUACCUCAAGUCUUCUUUGUUCAUCCUUCUAUAUAUAUUUCCUGAAAUUUUAUAUUUAAGCUAUAUAUUCCAGUGUAUUCUCAAGUUUGGUAAUUUCUAUAUAAUAUAUAUAAACGUACGUUAUACACCAAAGAUUAAACGGAGUGCUUAUAUAGUUUGUAAUAGUAGUUUUCAACAAGGUUACAAGUGUCUCAACAACGCAAUAGAUCACUAACGUUAAAUAAAUAUGUAGUGAAACGUAAUUAAAACGUAACGUAAAAUGUUAAAUACAAUAUGUGUAGCGUUAGGUGGGAAUGGGAUGGUCCGAAAUCCACAUAGCAGCAAUUGUGGGACUAAAUUCUGUUGCUGUUAUUUGGAUUUAUUCUCUCUUGUCAGCAACUAAAGUUAGUUCCACGCCUUUUCGUAAACCUCAAUUAACAAUACCAUUAACUUUCUACGUUCGGUCAGAAUUAUUAACGGCCAAUUAUUUUUAAGUCAUUCAGGUGCACUCAAAACGUGUCCCUUAAAAAAAUGUCCUUGUUCCCUUAACAGGGGUGGCUGUAGUGUUAAAAGAUAUAUAUUCCCCUCGUUUUACGAAAGUGUCCCCUUAGUAGGGGUGCCCCCUGAAUAGGGGGUUCUGCUGUCAUUAUAUCUGAUAAUAUUCACAUCCUUUAUUGUUUCUUAUCACAUUUAAGUCGAGACGAAUGUGUGCGGUAUUCAAGGAACAGAGGAGUAUUACAGGGGCGGAUCAAGAAUUUUCCAACAGGGGUUGGGGCACCAUUAUCUGGAUAUGGUGCCAUCAGUAGUUACAUAACAAAGGGACCAGAGGCCCAGUUGAAACAUUUCGUAUUUGUUCUAUAUCUAUAGUUUUGUUUUAUAUUUUCGUAAUUGGCAUUUAUGUUUGGAAAUUUGAAAAAUGUUGUGGCAAAACAGCCAGCGGUGCCCCCUCAUCUGACUGGCCAUUAAUUGUUGCUUCCACUCGAGACAGUAGAUGAAAAUGUACAUCAAAAGUAUAAUAUAUGUUGUAAAAGUAUGUUCCUUUCCAAUUCCAAUCCGCUCUUCCGCUUUAACUGCACUUUAACGUAAUUAUGUAUUUUCGUUAGUAUGUGAAACCGCAAUUUAAAGGUUUGUGAUUUUUUAUCUCGUUCGACCGACCACUUUUAUCCAUUUUCACUUUAUCGGACUAUUUUAGACUUGUUAUUGUGCGUAGGCCUACAUUCUAAAUAAAAAAAUAAAGCUAUGUGCAUAUAUGACGUUAAAGAAUUAAGAGAGGGCAGCCUUCCUCUUUGAGAGACAAACAAAACAAUAAUGGAUUAAUCAAUGUGUACAUUAACAUUUCGAAAUCAAAUAAGAUAUAGGAUUGGAAUAAUUUGUCUAAUAAAAAACAACAGUGAUCGGUCUAUCUCUAAUCCUUAUAAAAAGGGCAUACAAAGCAAAAUGAACAAUAUCUUCGAACAAUGCAAGGUUACAUAGUUUAGGAACUAGAGAACCAACUUCAUUUCAAUCACUGACAUUGAGUGGAUGCGAUCUGGCUUUGUGACACAUAUUCUAUGUUUAAAAUAACUAAUUUUCUUAACAUAAUUCUAACUAAUAAUAAUAAUACUGUAAUAAUGUUUUGUUUUUACUACAGUAGUAGCGCAAAGCAUACAUUUUACUAAACUUAGUGUACUUUAUGUAAGAAUAGCUGUAAAAAUAACGUUUCCAGUACAAGAAAAUCAGGACCAUAGACAGUUACUCUUUCUGUAUUAUUAUUAUAAUAAUUGAAAGUGAUGCAGUCCUUAAAAGAUAUGUAUUCCUUACCGAUACCUCAAGAAUAAAAACAUAAUUUCAGAUAAA